GCGAGGCACACCUUGCCUACUAUGCCGUUUUUGUCUCCAGACGAGUUCAAAAACAAGAGUGACAGAGGUAGAGAGAAUGAGAGAAUGUGUUGUUGUUGUGAAAUCUCAGACCUUCAGUAUAACGUGCUUCAAGUAUCACGAAGCUGUCACCCAGGAUUCAAGAUAGUAUACUUCUACAUGGAUGAAAGACGAGAUGAUCUCAACCUCUGCACUUUGGAUGUUAAAAGCUCUUGUUCUUCGUUGUUGCUUCCAGAAGGCAGCUCUUCAUUCCUGCUUUCUACACCAAUUUUCAGUCUAAUCUAUCGAUCCCAACAUUGAGAGCAAUAUCUCAUGUGAGGAAGGACGAUAGGUCGUUCUUCUAGUGCUUAGGUUUUCCCGUCCCUCACUCCCCAAGGCAUCCCUCAAUCUUUCUUCGAUAAGUGUUCUAACUGCUGUGUUGCGAGGAAUUAAGCGAAGCUGUGUGAAAGCUGCUCCUGUCUUCCCCUUGUUUACAACCUUGUGUCAUUCAUAUAGCAUUACGAUUUCGAUCUUCCAACCGGAUUAUCGCAUCUAGUAUGUUAUCAAAUUUUCCUGUGAUUUUUAGUUACUCACCUUGAAGUACCACCUCCAGAAUCUUUUUCCUCGCAUCUCUUCCCUCAUCACGCAUUUUCCAGCCGUUCCAUCACCAAUCCAUACCUCUCCAUCCCCCCACCAGCGAAAAUGUCGUCGUCUAUUCAAUUUGCGCACUGGUUUUUCUGCCAUGUUCGCGACGACCCGUGGCGCCUCCUCAGCUUUCUCAUCCUACUCUACGUAACUGCAGAAUCUCGUGUUCAGGCCUCUCCCGGACAAGGCAGUGAGCGGCUUUCCUUGCUACGCUCAAUUUACGGACUUUCCUAUUAGUCAAUCCAUCUACUGAAGCAUCAUCUCCUUGAAGCUGCCUCAUUCUUUCAUAAGGAGAAUGAAGCACCAAGAUCAUGCUUGCUUCUCACAGGAUGGACGACAGGGGUCUGUGAGCUCUAACCGAUUCUGUUCACUCCUCCGAAGACAUUUGUCGCGCGUUUUCGUGGUGUAUUCGGUCUUGGUGGGGAUUCAAGUUCAACAACAGUGAGCAGUGGCACUACGUCUCCCGGCCCCGCAUUGAAUGAAUCUGCUGCAUUGGCACGUCGAAUCUCGCCAGUUCUCUUCAUCUUCGCAAGCGGACGCCUGUCAAUUCUAGUGCGCUUCUUGGUGUUGAAGCGGCGUGACCAUGGUUCCUUGCUGCAGUAUGUUAAGGCUGUAGUAUCAUGUAAAAUAUCUUCUGAAGGCUCUUCACAAUGAAGGUACAGAAUAGUUGAAAGGCCUCAAAAACGUUCGGAUAACUUAAAAAGAGGCUCCAUGACCUAAGGAUCUAAAGAGUCUGAGUAAGUCAAAGUAGUCCACUACCUUCUCAUAUUUUCCUGCUUUUCAUCUAAGUCCCUUCGCAAAGAACUUGUGAAUGGCCGAGUAGUACCUUUCCUACGUCGUUGGAAUGUUCUGGGGAUGCGCAGCAAGAUCGAAGGUGAAAUAGCAAAAGUGAAGAAAUCUUUGGCUGACGAAUUAAGGCUGUACCUAAUACAUCUUUGGACGCAUGAUCCUUGAAACGUCUCUUCAUGGAAGUAGUAGAGUAUCCACCUAAGGGAAUAAUACGCUCUCCCCCAUACUUAUUCUCAAGGAUCAUGCACUUGAAAGAUGAAUUGCGGACAGCUCUAAACGAACUCGCCGCCGGAGUAUGUCGCGACGUCGUUGGUUUUGCGACGCUACCGCGAAAAGGGAUCCGGGAUCCGAGAGCAGUUGUAGCGAAUUUGAGGCUGCGAAACGCGAAGGAUCGGCCACUGUGGAACAGUGGCAAAGUCAGCGGCGGCGUCUACUUCGGUGAACGCCAAGAGGAUUCAAUGUUCGAAAAUAACUCAGAACGUUUGUUGGAUUCAGUUUGUAAAGCAACUACCGACGGCAUCGAUAGUGCCACGUAUCCAGGUUAUGAACCCAGAAUGACGUCAAUGUUCGAAAAUAACUCAGAACGUUUGUUCUUGGUUUUUUCAUCAAGAGAAGAUAGAACGCUUUGUACUCUAGCUCGUCGUCUAACUAAGUAGACUAUUUCAGCAACAGUAGGUCGCACUACAUCUCUUCAAUAACAUUACAACAGCCUAAUCGAAAACUGAAAAUAGCCGAAUUACUGACUGAAAUAAGAGACCUAGUCUCGACAGGCUACUCUUUCUUGUUCAGUAUCUCGGUUCUGCUCGUAUGUUAAUACUCGGUUAUUUCAGUUUUUCGAGUAGCUGUAUUUGUAAAGCAUCUCUCCUGGUGCUCAUCCUAGUUCUAAUAUCCCGGCGACUUCCAAAUGGAGUACGCUGAAGCCAAGGACGACAGCCUACAUGGAUCAGGGAACGCCUCAUGCUCUUCAAACUUAGAACAAAACCUGGAUAAAAAAGUGGAAGUUUUCAAGAUCUCAACAGCGCCAGAUGGCCUGCAGCUUGCGGAAGCACCCACUAGUGGCGCAACAUGUGGCGCGACGUCAUCAACUUAAGGCUUUGAACAACAAGUCAUGACUCUUACAGUUCGAGUAUUUUGAAGAACACCAGUGACUUUUACUUCUAGUUUAGACUUACAAUGCCUUAGUCAUCAAUCUAGGAUUUCAUUUCUACUUAUCAAAUUAUUUGGUGUGACGAAAUGGAUAUGAGGGAACGAAAAACUAAUAUCUAAUAUAGAUCAGACGAGAAAAGUGUAGAUUUGCGCACCGUGAUGACCGAAGCCUACAGAGAAUUUCAUCUGGCGAACCCCCUACACAGCGAUAUCUUCAACAACUGCCGACAGUUGGAAGCAGAAGUCAUCUCCAUGGUCAAGAAUCUUUUUGGAGCGGGGUACUUAUAUUUCUUGUAGAGGAACCUGAUACAACUAUAUAAUUUAUUUCUUUUAAUAUAGAACCUGAUACAUUCUUUUAGAACCUCCUGAUACAACGAACUACAUCAAUCUGAAUUUGAUGUUGAGUUUUGAUUGUCUAGGAGAUGGAUAUCAGAAUAGGGGUACUAUUAUAGCAACUUCAAUCUGCUGAGUUUAUUUGAUUGUCUAGGAGACGAAUAUGAGGUCUUAUCUGGCAGGUGUGGUUCCAUGACCACUGGCGGAACGGAGAGUAUCCUUAUGGCAAUGCUGGCCUAUCGCAACUGGGGUAGAGCAGAAAAGGGCAUCAGUAGGCCUAACAUCGUCGCACCCAUUACCGCACAUGCGGCAUUCGAUAAGGCGGCUCACUACUUCGGAAUCGUGCUGCGCAAGGUACUUGCAUCUAUGGAAGUAACAGCUUCCAUUUGAAAUUGGAACUGAUGUUUCUGUUUCGCAAUUUUGAAGACGUAGUACCUACGUCUACUUACCUAUAAUAUUAAUCCAUCGGAUGAAAAAGACCACAUGGUAUUUCUCCUUAUCAUACUAAAGUAAACUCGAGAUACACUACACAUGCACAUCAUGCUUCUAGUGUUUCUUUUUAUUGAGGUGGGCCUGAAAAAUCCCAAGGUCCCAUUACGUGGCGACGACUAUUCGCUGACGGAGGGGCGCGUCCAUGUAGAUGACAUCGCCAGUCGUAUCGACAGCAAUACAGUGGCUAUCGUAGGUAGUGCGCCCAACUACCCGAACGGCGCCAUCGAUCCCAUACCUGAACUUUCUGCCCUGGCAGAGAAGCGCAACAUUGGCCUACAUGUAGAUGCUUGCUUGGGCGGCUUCCUUCUGCCCUUCAUGCAGGAGGCGGGCGUGCCUGCGCCAGUGGCUUUUGAUUUCCGCGGAACGAAUACUGGAGUAACUAGUAUGAGCGUCGAUCUGCACAAAUACGGAUACACAGGGAAAGGCAUAUCACUUGUGCUUUUCAAGGACAGCGAGCUGCGAUCACACCACUUUUAUGACACGACCACUAGUACACGAGUUCAUCUUGUAUUCUUCAUGAACAUUCAUGAGGUUGAUGAUCAAUGGAUGGCUCGGAAAGAUUAAUCCGAAUCCCUGGAAAUAUCCACAUUUACAAGAACUACAAAUAUUUCUUACCUUCUAAGGUUCCGUCGCCUGCCCUGAUUGGACUGGAGGCAUCUACGCUUCGCCAACAGUCGCCGGAUCGCGCGAGGGGGUGCAUGCAGCGACCAGUUGGGCUGUUUUAGCGCAUAUAGGCCAUGACAGAUACGUCUCCUUUACUUAAGGCUACAACAAGAAAUCUAUCUUCACAGGCAUCUUGGUCCCAUUUUUCAAGGGACAAGGGGACGAAAGAUGCCGCCGAUGCUGGAUUCCUCCUAGUUCUUGUUCUAAUUUUCAAGGGAGAUCGUCACAUGCGCCAGACACAUCGCGGAGAGCAUCCGCACAGACCCAUUUGUGUCGCAGUACCUCGAACACAUAGGGCGUGCCGACACGAGUGUGGUCUGCUUUCGAGCAAGGGAUAAGACAACAGUAAACGUCUACGCUGUAGGAAUGGUCAUGAGCAAGAAGCAUGGGUGGAAUUUGAACAGCCUACAGAACCCAGCGAGCAUACAUCUUUGCGUCACUCUCCCAGUGGCGCGACUGAGCUAUAGCAACAUCAAGGCAUCCACCUCUACUGAAGAAGACCAAGGCAACACCACAACAAACGCGACCCCAAGUACGACAGCUACUACUUCAAUUAGUAGGUCCUCAAGGUCAACUACAGACUCAAAUAAUUAUAGUAGUACUUCUAACAAGGAUGAACUUCCAGAUGAUCCAGCUGCAGCAGGAGAAGCCCAAGCCUCUAUUUGUUCAUCCGGCUUCACGGGUAAUAGCGAAGAGCAUCCUUUCAUCUGCGAUUUGAAGGAUUCUAUUGCGACAUGCUUGAGGGAAGAUAAGUGGAAUAUGGAAGCCGCGAUUGGCGUUUACGGCAUGACAGCGAGCAUACCUGAGUCGGUAACAGGCGACCUCACGAAGGUUUAUCUCGAUGUCUGUUCGCAGAUGCACUAAAAUGGUUGUGCCGGAGGUGUCUUCGUAGAUGCAGCACUGAGAUGCUUGUCCUGGUCUAUAUCAUAGGACGGACAUUUUGAUUUUUGCUCCAAAUAAUUUUCAAUGUUCUUUAGACCUGCUCCUGCUGCUCUUACUCCCUUGUGUUUUUUUUUAGAGAUUUGAAAGCCGCUCAACAUUAAAUAUGAUAUUCAAUGCUCGUUGAUGCUUGGCUUGAAACGUUUUUUUCUAACGCCAUCUACUAUGUGCCGUGUGCAGAGAAGAAGACAAC